UAUUAAUGUGUCUAUUACGAGUUAUUAUUUUCUAAUUCCAGGUGUUGAGACCUUCUGUGAUGGCAGUCAGAAUGGAGCUAAAUGUUAUGGAGCUCUUGGAGGAACUGUGGUCCUCCGGCUGAUGGACGACGCCUCAAAAAUAUUUAGAUACCAGUGGAUAUUUAAUACAACAAUAAUACUUCGUUGGAGGGAUAAUAAGAUUUUGUCUAAUCUGAUAAAGAACCGUUCCUCAUUUAGUCCAAGUAAUGGAACAUUUAGGAUCAAUGACCUGAGCAGGAAUGAUGGUGGUGAAUAUACUCUUGAAACCUAUAAAGAUAAAAGUGGAACAAAUCGAGAGAAACGCACUCUACAGUUGACCAUUCAAGCUCCUGUGUCCUCUGUCCUGCUGGUCUCUGAGUGUCUGUCCCAGGGAGAGAUGAGGGCCUCAUGCUCCUCUGAGGGAGGGGACGGUCCUCAGUACAGAUGGACACUGGGUGGACGACCGCUGACACAAACUCAGCUCCUCUCUGGAAAUAGUGAGAGUCAGAACAUCACUCUGAAACAAGACGUGUCAGGAGAACUGGUCUGCUCAGUCAGAAAUGAUGUCAGUGUUGUCCAAAAAGAAAAGCAGACCUGUGGCUUCACACUUUUCCAGUGCACCUUACCCAAUGGGACGUACAUAUCACAGUGGUUUCCUCCAACUAAUGAAACACUGUGUCCUCCACCAACACCUGAGGGUAAGGAGCCUGACAACACAGUGUCAAAUAAACCCUCUAUUCAUAGCACAUCCGCCAACCACACUGGAGCUCCCCCCCUGCUCUACUGUGGUCUGCGAGCAGCUGUGGUGUUUCUGAUAUUAACUGGGAUUUUUGUCUACUUCGCUUGUAAGAAAAAUGACUUGAAGGAAGCUGAGGGCUCUGCAGUCCACGAGGAGACAGAGUAUGAGAAUGAUUCUGUUGUAAUGGUUGAAAUGAGAAGCGCUGCAUCUCGACUUUGACUCUCUGAAACCAACAUCUCUGUGUCGACUCUCACCCGCUCCAUUUGGACCGUGUGACUUUACGAAUGUGGAAAUACAGUUUGGAUUAACAAUUCUCUUCUGUUUGUAUUUUUUUUUUAAUUUUAUCUCACUUCUGCCUAAAGCAAAAUUUGUUUGUGUAGAUAAAGUUUGUAUUGUCGUAAGAAUUUACCACAACAUUAUUGGUAAGUAAAUAGUAGUUCACACAUAAUUUAAAUGAAAAUAACGUUUGUUUUUACAAAAGUUAUACUGUCCUUUCUUGUGAGAAAAGUCUUUCACUUGUUUUAGUAAUUUAUCAAUAUUCAUGCAGUCAAAAGUGUUUGCUGGCAAGUGGCAACAGGUUUUUUGUAAGAAAUUGUAAUUCAAUUUUGAGAAUUUUUCUUUUCAGUUUUGUAUCAUUGCCUGACUUUUUUUUUUAGCUCUAUACUUAUUUAAAGCUUCUUUUAACAUUUUAUAUUCAACCUCAUACUUAAUGCCACAUAAGUGAUGCACACACACAUUUCAGUGUUUCAGCCUUGAAUUUUGUAAAUCGUUUUUUCUCUUUUCAUCUUAUUAUUGCAGUCAUACAUCUGUUUGCUUCUGUGAUUAACAAGACUCAUAAUAAAAUACUUCUGAAAGCAUUUGAAA